CAAAAACCAUUCUCAUUGUUCUUCAAGCCCGGUGCGUGUGCUGGGGCGCGCUGGUGCUGGCGAUGGACUUGGCGGCCUGGCGCACGGCGGUCGAGGCGGAUUGGCGGGUCUUGGAGGUUGCGCCCAAGGAGCUCACGGCCGAGAAGGAGGUGAUGCUCAAGGCUGUGGGUCAGGCGGGGCAUUGCCUGAGCUAUGCCUCUGAGGAGUUGCAGGGCGACCCGGCUGUGGCCCUCUGCGCGCUGCGGAGCGAAGCGGACGCCUUUGAGUUCGUGUCACCGCAGCUGCAGCAGGAUCCGGGCUUCAUCCUGAAGGCUUGUGAGGUGAACCUCCAAAUCUUGGAAAAGGCCGACCUGCAGCGGAACGAGCGGGAGGUGAUCCGCCGGGCGAUCCGCAUGAAUUGGAACGCCCUGCAGUACGCCUCGGUGGAGUUGCGACGAGACGCAGAGCUUUGCCUCGAAGCAGUUCAGCAGCAUUGGCGUGCCUUGAUCCACGUAGACGACUCCCUGUGGGCGGACCGUGACUUCAUGCUGAAGGCCAUCCGCUGUCGUUGGCAGUGCGUCCAGUUUUUAGCCUCCGAUCUCCUCGAAGCGGGGGACCUCUACCUGGAGGCAGUGCGCCGGGACGUCUCCGCGUUGGACUUCGCGGACGCCACGCGGAGGAGCGACUUGGACUUCAUGUUGUCGGCAGUGAAGCUGCAGGACGUGGCCUUAAAGUGGCUGACGCCUGAGCUCUACCAGGACCCCAAGUUCUGGCUUGCGGUGGUGACUGAGAUCCCUCAUGGCUGGCGCUUGGCCUAUGAGGAGGGCCCCAGCAGCCUCUGCGACAACGUGGAGGUGAUGCUUGAAGCGGUGAAGCGAAAUGUGGACGUCCUCGAGUAUGGCACCGACCGGGUGAGGAGUGAACCUUCGAUCAUCCAGGAGGCGGUGAAGCACAGCUGGCGUGCCGUGGCGCAUGCUGCGAAACUCGACGAGGCGUCCAUCUUGAAGGCGGUGGAGCAGGACUGGCGUGCCAUCUCCGUGUACUUAGACCAGCUGAGUAGCCUCGAGGAGAUCGAAGAUGUGCGCCGCCUGGUGAAGAGUAAUCCUGACAUCGUGCGGGACCCGAGGCUCUGCGGAGAGAAGAUCAUCGUGCUGCUGGCAGUGAAGCAGGCCGGCCAAGUGCUGCGGCACGCGACGGAGCACCUGCGCGACGAUGAGAGCGUGGCCUACGCCGCGGUGGCGCAGACCUGGAGGGCCCUCGAGUUCGUCUCGGCCCGGCUCAAGGGAGACGAAGACCUGGUGGACCUGGCCUUCCAACAGGAGGGCCUGGCGCUGCAACACGCGGCGCCCCAGCUGCGGGCGGCCCCGCUGGUGGUGAUGAGGGCCAUGAAACGCAAUGCUGCAGCGUUCCAUUUUGCAGAUCCGCAGCUGCACCAGGACACCGCCUUCUGGGAACGCUUGAGCCGCCACUUCCCCACGGCCUGGAUCCGCUGGAUGCGCUACGGGCGCUACGAGGAUGGUCCCAGCCCCGGCUUUGAAGCGAAGCCGAAGGCGAAGCCGAAGGCAAAGGCCAAGGCCAAAGCAGCUGCGGUGAGCGAGGAUGGCAAACGUAAAGUGAGAUUUUAGAUGAUAUUUUGCAGCGUUUUUCCUCCGCA